UUUGUUUAUAUAAUAGUUGAUGAAAAUUUCUCCGGAGCAUGUUUUAAUCAGUGAAACAUAUAUACUACAGUAUACAUUUUGUGUACGUCUCUGGACAGACUUAGCCUUAGGGCAAGUGCUAAACUGGACCCCUGUUGUGUUCACUUAUCGCUACACUAACAACAGUCAUGCCUGCUGCCUGUGAUAAUACAGUAGAUGAUAUAGAAGAUAUUGUUGCCAAGGGAACAUCAGCUGAUGAUAUAAGACACAACACAGGAUAUAAGCAUGUUGUACCAAGGGCAAAACGUCUCACUAAAAUGGACAGGACAAAAAACUUACAAACAGACAGUUUUAUUCCAGGCACACAAAGGAUAUAUGUAAAAACCUGGGGAUGUUCACAUAAUAAUUCUGACAGUGAAUAUAUGGCAGGACAGUUAGCUGCAUCUGGAUACAAAAUAACAGAUCUUAAAGAAGAUGCAGAUUUAUGGUUGUUAAACAGUUGUACAGUUAAAAACCCAGCAGAAGAUCAUUUCAGAAAUGAGAUAACAAAAGCAAGAGAGCUAUCAAAAUACUUAGUUGUUGCUGGGUGUGUUCCACAAGGGCAACCAAGGUCAGAUUAUUUACAGGGCAUUAGUGUCAUAGGAGUACAACAAAUAGACAGAGUUGUUGAUGUUGUGGAAGAAACUCUUAAAGGACACUCAGUCAGGUUGUUUGGACAAAAGAAAGCAGAAGGAAAGAAGACAGGUGGUGCUUCAUUGAGUUUACCUAAAGUUAGAAAGAAUCCUUUAAUAGAAAUUAUUGCCAUAAACACAGGGUGUUUGAAUCAGUGUACAUAUUGCAAAACUAAGCAUGCAAGAGGAGAGUUAGGCAGUUAUCCUAUAGAGGACAUUGUAGCUAGAGCUAAACAGUCAUUUGAAGAGGGUGUGGUGGAGAUCUGGUUGACAUCAGAAGAUCUUGGAGCAUAUGGUCAUGAUAUCAAUGUAACAUUACCUCAGUUACUAUGGAAACUAGUAGAGGUUAUACCUGAAGGUGCCAGGAUGAGGCUUGGUAUGACAAAUCCUCCUUACAUCUUAGAACACUUAGAGGAAAUGGCAAAGAUUUUAAAUCAUCCUAGAGUUUAUAAAUUUCUUCAUGUUCCUGUCCAGUCUGCGUCUGAUAGUGUUCUGAUGGACAUGAAACGUGAAUACAGCCAAGCUGAUUUUAGACAUGUUGUUGAUUUUCUUAAACAGAGGGUACCUGAUAUUACUAUAGCAACAGAUCUUAUAUGUGGUUUUCCCACAGAAACAGAGAAGGAUUUUGAAGAAACAAUGGAUUUAGUUGAAGAAUACAAAUUUCCAAGUUUAUUUAUUAAUCAGUACUUCCCUAGACCUGGCACCCCUGCAGCUAAAAUGCCUCGUAUUCCUGCACAACAGGUGAAGAAAAGAACUAAAGCUGUUUCUGAAUUAUUUCAGUCUUACACUCCCUAUGACCACAAGCUAGGUGAGAUACAGAAUGUAUUGGUUACAGAAGUAUCCAAGGACAGACAAUACUAUGUUGGUCACAAUGAAUGUUAUGAUCAAGUAUUAGUACCAAAAGAUGAACACUUACUUGGGAAAUUAGUGGAAGUACAAAUUACAGAGACUGGAAAACAUUUUCUGAAAUGUGCUCUAUCAAAAAAUGUUUUCAGACCUGAUGUACCAUUACCCUUGAAACAAGGACAAGUCUCGGGAGUUUCGCAGAUACAGACAUCCAGUAAGACAAACAUUUUGGUGAUUCUUUCGUUUAUUGUGUUAGUAAUAGCUGUCUUAGUCAAAUUACAGACAUUGUUAUUUAGUGGGACACAAGCCUUAGGAGAACUGAAAUAAAGUUUUUUAAACAGGGAUUUAAAACUUUUAUUGUAAUGAAUUGAAGAGAUGUGUCCCCUAGCUGAAUUUUAUCAUAGAAAGUUCUUGUCUAUUUCAUCAUGGUUUUAAGAAUUGCAUUUCCGUGAUAAUGAAUAAACUGAAUUUAAAAGUACAAAGAAUUUAACCAAUGAUUUUAAAAAUUUAAUAUGUUGUCAUUUCUGACAAAAUUGAGGUCAAGUGCAAUAUUGUUGAUUUUCAUUUUGGCCCUUCAGGAGUAAUAGUCCUUGAUUAAUUGGGAAUUAGCACUUUAUGUUGAUUCCAUGCAAUCACUUUCUAGUGUUGGGAAAAGUUCAACAACAUCUCCCCCAAAUUCCAAAUGCAGUUAAAAAAUAAAAUUAAGGUCAAGUACAAUAUUACUGAUUUUUACUUUUGCCCUUCAGGAGUAAUGGUCCUUGUUUGAUUGGGAAAUGGCACUUUAUACUGUUUCUGUGCAAUAUCUUUAAAACUGUUCAACCAAUUCUUCAAAUUUUUUAUGCAGUUAUUAAAAUGACAAAAUGGAGGUAAUUUUAAAUGUUAAUGAUUUUCACUUAUGCCUGAUUGAUUAGGAAAUGUCAUUUCUGUGUAAUAAUAUAUAGAACUGCUUAACCAAUGAUUUGCAAAUUUCAGUUCGUUUUUACUGUUGAUAAAGUGAAGGUCAAGUACAAUAUUGCUGAUUUUCACUUUUGCUCUUCGGGAGUGAUGGUCCUUGAUUGAUUGGGAAAUAGCACUUUAUGUUGAUUCCAUGCAAUCACUUUCUAGUGUUAGGAAAGGUUAAACAACAUCUCCCCUAAAUUUCAAAUGCAGUUAAAAAACAACAAUUGAGACAAAAAAUUCAGUUGCAUUGAAAAGACUAAUGGUAAACAUUUCUUAUGUGAGUUUGGUUAUUUCGUUAAUAUCCCUGUGAUUAGUUUGUGUUAUAACAACAUCAUCUUAGACAAAACAAGUAACAAUGAGAAAUUGAACAUACAUUAUUGUGUUAAAAGAAUCAUAUCCCUUAAAACUGUAUUGACUCCUUAAUAUAAAGUAAAAAUUUUAUAGGUGUGCGGUUUCAUAAAUGGUGCAAUAAAAUUCUUUUUCAGAA